GUUGGUUUGGAGAAGGAAGUUGAAUUAUUAUCACAUCAAGGGACAUGCAAGUACUUCAUAAUGCUUUUGCAUUUUCAACAUACUCUAUUUCAAGAUUAAAUUUACAUGAUGCCUUUCAUCUCUUUAGUUUGAAAGCAUUCAAGCAAAAUGAGCCACCUAAAAGUUAUAUGGAAUUAUCAGAAUCAGUAGUGGAUUAUUGUCAAGGAAAUCCAUUGGCCCUUGUAAUGUUGGGUUCUUUUCUUCAAGGUAGAGGAAAAGAGGAGUGGGAAAGUUUUUUGGAAAAAACAAAAGAAGCACCACCCAAGUACAUUAUUGAUGUUCUGAAAUUGAGUUUUGAUAGACUUGAUGAGCGCCAAAAGAAUAUGUUUCUUGACAUAGCAUUUUUCAUCAAGGAAAGAGUUGAAGUUUCUUUGACCCUAAUAAGACAAUUAUAUGGCUCUUCUGUAGAUAUUGACAUAAAUGUUCUUAAAGAGAGAGCCCUCACUUCAUUGGAUCAUAACGGCUAUAUUGAGAUGCAUGAUCUUGUGAGGGACAUGGGUGUUGAAAUUGCUAGAGAACAGUCAUUCUCCAAUCCUAAAGGCCCUGUUCGACUGCAAAGUUAUAAGGACAUUUAUGAUUUUUUCAUUAGUAACAAGGUGACUGAGUCAAUCCAAUGCUUGUCAUUGGACACGAGCAAGAUAAAAAGGAUUCCAUUGACAGCUAAUGACCUUCAAAGAUGCAUAAUUUAA